AUGGGAAACACUGCAUCAAGAGAAGACCACACCAAGGCGCUUCUAGAGCAAGGAGCACUCACUCUACCACUAGGAAGCCAAGUGGAGAAGCUCUUUCACGAAGACUUUGACGACGAUGCACACGCGAUCUUAACCCCAAACACUCCAACCACACCUGCACUUCUACUAAAUGACAAGAAGCAAAAACGAAGAUCAUGGAGGAAUUCUCUGGACUUGAACAAAUGGGCACCUGUCCAACCAGGCGCACCAAACAAGAGAGACUCAGCUCAUGGAUCAUCAACUGGGAACAGCACAGAGUACCUCUCACCUCAAGCUGCGCUAUCGGUAUCGUCCAGUCGAAGAAGCAGCGAAGCACCUCUGGCACGCCAAGUUCUAAGCCUACAAGUGAAAGGCAGAGAUGACGGGACAGAAGAUGAUAGUCCCGUCAGCACAAGAGACCUCGCCUCACAGAACACAUCCCCACAAACGUUAUACGGCACAGGCUGGAGUAGUACAGACCCCACCAAAAACGAAGUCCUUCCAAGCCCUAUCGCCUCGCAGUCCUCGAUAAGACUGUCAGAGCGCAUCUCGCCACAAUUAGCAUUCUCACGUAUCGCAAGACACAUGGCGGCAGAUGCACCCACGCCCAACAACAGCAAUACAUCCACUCCUCCUAUGUCAACCACACCAAGGACCUCAAAGCACGACUCCGCCCUCCUCUCCGAAGAAAUCUCAGCCAAAGACUUCCAACCCACCAACCCCCUCCCAGGCCCUCACCACCCAGCAAAAUCCCACUUCCUCCAACGUCUCGCAGCCGAAGGUGGAGCCCAACAAGUCCUCAACCAAGCCCGUGAACGCAGCCGGAGUCGAAGUCGUGAACGCAGCCGGAGUCGAAGUCGUGAACGCUCGAGAGAAAGGCAUCCACCUCCACGUCGUCCGGCCCCAACCAGCGCAGCUCGCCUCGAGGACUUGACGGAAGUCGUGUCGCCAUUCUUGGUGGAGUUGCCUCCUGCGUGGUGGCAACAGAGGAUUACGAAGCGGAUGAGUGAUCAGGAGGUUAGUGAGAAGGAGAAGGAGAAGAAGAGGUUGAGUGAGUUGAGUUUGGGGGAGAAGGUGAGUUGGCUUGAGGAUGCGAGUGCGUCGAGUAGUGAUCGGGAGGAUUGA